CGUCCAAUCGGCGCGCGCCUUGUUGAGUGGGGGCGGAAUCUGAGAAGCGCGAGACCGACUGAAGAAACGGAGGAAGAGAAAGAAAGGCCGGCGAGCAGCGGGGUUCGGUGUCUGUCGUCGCUGUUCCUCCGCCAUGAGCUCCAUCGGCACCGGGUAUGACCUGUCGGCCUCCACGUUUUCCCCUGACGGCAGAGUAUUUCAAGUUGAAUAUGCUAUGAAAGCAGUUGAGAAUAGCAGUACAGCAAUUGGGAUACGGUGUAAAGAUGGUGUAGUCUUCGGAGUAGAAAAACUAGUUCUGUCCAAACUCUACGAAGAAGGAUCCAAUAAACGCCUCUUUAAUGUUGAUCGACAUGUUGGAAUGGCAGUAGCAGGUCUCCUAGCUGAUGCUCGAUCUUUGGCUGACAUUGCAAGGGAAGAAGCUUCUAACUUUAGAUCCAACUAUGGUUAUAAUAUUCCACUAAAACAUCUUGCAGACAGAGUGGCUAUGUAUGUACAUGCCUACACACUAUACAGUGCUGUCCGACCUUUUGGUUGCAGCUUCAUGUUGGGCUCCUACGAUGAUGAUGAUGGUGCCCAGCUAUACAUGAUUGACCCCUCAGGAGUUUCAUAUGGUUAUUGGGGAUGUGCCAUUGGCAAGGCAAGGCAAGCUGCAAAGACAGAGAUCGAAAAGCUCCAGAUGAAAGAGAUGACUUGCCGGGACGUUGUUAAAGAAGUUGCAAAAAUAAUCUACAUAGUCCAUGAUGAAGUAAAAGACAAAGCUUUUGAACUUGAACUCAGCUGGGUUGGAGAAAUUACUAAAGGAAAACAUGAAAUCGUCCCAAAAGACAUUAAAGAAGAGGCAGAGAAAUACGCUAAGGAAUCUCUGAAAGAAGAGGAUGAAUCAGAUGAUGAAAACAUGUAACACGCUUAAGACUUUUUAAAAAUCUUUAAAAAGGCCUGUUUAUGUAUUUGCCAUUAUGUAUGUAUGUGCUGGAAGAAUAUUUUGAGUGACCAACUUGCACUAAACAUUUUUACAAUUAC